AUGGGGUUGUGCCAUGUCACCAUAGUGCCAAAAACACAUUCCGAUUCAUUACAAGGUGUACACAUACGUACUUCGACUGUAAUCACAUAUGUACGUAGUCAGAUAUCACCCCGAAUUACGAAUUACGGGGUGUUUCGAAAAAACGGUGGUCGGACAUCUCGCGAAAGGGAAAAACAAAUCUCCCAACUUACAUUAUCUUCUCGCGAAUCGACAAAAUUAUCAACAACAAACACUCCAGAUUUCUUUGACGAUUAUUCUGACGGCGACGACGUCAAUUGCGAAAACAGCGAUUUCCAAGAAGGCGAACACGUCACAGUAGUUAGUCAUCCCUUAAAUAAUCAAAUAAGUAGAAACAGCUCGUUCGUUUCUCUUUCAGAAGGCAACAAUAUGCCAUCAAUUGAAAAUGAAGGAAUUAGUUUAAAUACAGAGAAUUGGAUUACACGUCGUGAAGAAACAGUCAAAAGAAUUGACCAAUUUGUUGAACAGGAACGCGUUAUUUUAAUACGUGCCCCACCAUUUACCGGGAAAACAGCACUUUGUAUUUUGUUAGAAGAAUACUAUCGAAAGAGGGGAAUCCCUGUAAUUCAAGUAUGUUUCCUGGGUGUAGAAGAUUUACCAUUUGAAGAAUUUUGGGUGAAUGAAACGGGAAAAAGCUGGAAAUAUUGGUUAAAUCCGAAACAUGGAGAACGAGUAAUAAUUCUUGACGAAACUCAUCACAUAUUUGAUGGGCAACAAUAUGAAGCAUUUUGGCUUCGUAUUAAAUCUUUAUGUCGCCAAGGAUCAUUAGGUCGAGACACAAUAAAAGUAAUCGCUUUUUCAACUGGUGGAAGAUUAGCAACAUUAGCACAAAGUCCGGUAGAUUUUCAACAAAAAUACGGAUUCGGAUUAGUUCGGUGUACGGAGUCGGAAUUAAUUGAACUCGUUGACGCGUUUAAUAAUUUCAAUGCAAAAAAAAAAAUUUUUGUUAGUAAAAAGAUUGCAAGACACAUUAUGGACUUUACGGCAGGUCACUUGGGAUUAAUUCGUUGGAUAUUGAAUGGAAUCGAUAAUUAUUUCUCUUAUCGUGGUACAAAUUACAAGACAACCACAGAUAGCGAGAUAAUGUCAUAUUUCACUUCGCCCGAUUUCAUAGAACAUGUGAAAGCACAUCGUGGUGCGCCACUUUACAAAUUCAACAAGGAAGAAGGCGAAGUAAUAGAUAAAUUAUUACUCAAGGACGAACUUCGUAUCCAUUCGACAGGUCCAAAUCCCGCAGUGACGGCAUUAUUGAAGGCUGGAGUCCUGUUUUAUAUUGAUGAUAAAGGACCGGAGUUUAUAUUACGAGAAGGACGAGUUGGUUUCGUCUCACCAGUUGCGCGUCUAUUGUCUUUUUUUCAUCGAUGUGUCUCCACGAAAAAUCCACUUGAAGAAGGGUUUACGUUGCAAGAUUUAGUGCGUGAAGCAUUGGCGCGUCUUAAUUCACAAGCUUUGACACAUAGCUUUUGUCGAUCAAAAGAUGGUGUUCGACUGCUUGAACGUGUUUGGCAAAUGGAAUUUUAUCGCGCAAUUUACAGUUGUUUACCUGAUGAUAUGCAUAUUUCUCCGGAUGUUGGCAAAAUAUUUGCGGUUGAUGGUGCUGUUGAUUUUUAUAUUUCUGAGCCGCAAUGGGCGAUUGAGCUACUUAUCGAUGGGAGUGACUUGAAGCGACAUCAUGAACGAUUUCAAGACGGCGGCACUUAUUCUUCGAUCCCAAUAAAAUCGUUUCUAUUGAUUGAUAUACGAGAAACAAAAACAGUAGUAAAAUCAUAUCCAAACACAUGGCACAUAACGCCAAACAAAGAUUUCACCAUUUUUUCUGUAACCGAUGGCUCGAAUUUAACCGACGGCUCGAACUCAUUUGACGUGGCUGUUCGACAAACAACAAUUCCCCGAAAACGUGAGGAAACGGACGACUGGGAACGAAUUCGUAAACGGCAAAAUCGACAAGAAGUGGUCGAAAAUCUCGAGAAAUUGGUCGAUUUUUUAACGAAACGUGAGAAAUAUUUAAGAGAACGUGGUGCGAAUGAUGAAGCAAACGAAGUACAACGACAAUUGGAUCAAGUGGCUGGGGAAUUGACGCAAACUUUGUAUGAUGCUGUUAGUAGUAGUGGUGGUGGUGUCAGCAGUACUUCUAGUUUUUCUAGUAUGUCGGUUGGAAGAUCUAAUUUUCGUAAUUAG